GCCAGUGCUGGGAGCGCUGCGGCCCCGCCGGGUGGCGAACGCGGGCGGGGCGAACCCUGGAGGGGGGGGUGGGGAUGUUGGUCUCCCACAGUUGAGGUGUACGGUGUGCGCCGUGACGCUCCGGCGGCGUGCACUCGGAAGCACGGGAGUAAAGUGUGUAGAAUUGGUGUGUAGCGUGGAUGCCUGGGCUCCAGGCGGUGCUGUCGUGGCGCUCCUCAAGUCAUCCAGCUGGAGACCCGUUGAACUGGCUCUUCUCCGGAGAGAGAGAGAAAGAGAGAAAAAGAAACAUGAUGUGAGAGAGAGACAUCAAUGGGCUGCCUCCUGUGUGAGCCCUGACCAGGGAUCGAACCCACAACCUAGAUUUUGCAACAGAGCCUUUUAAAGAUGAAUGAAGAAAAACCGGAGACUCUGCAGCAGCGGAAACUUACCGAGUGGUUGUCUACGCAGAAUAAGAGGUGCGCUGCAGAAGAAAGGAAGGGGUCUCUUCAGAAGAGCGUUUUUGAAGAUGACCUUCCAUUCUUGCAAUUCACUGGAUCCAUCGUGUACAGCUAUGAACCUAGUGACUGUUCUUUCCUGUCAGAAGAUAUUCGCAUGAGUCUUUCUGAGGGAGAUGUGGUGGGAUUCGACAUGGAGUGGCCCCCAACGUACCGCAAAGGGAAACUGAACAGAGUCGCACUGAUUCAGAUGUGUGUGUCAGAGAGCAAAUGUUACUUGUUUCAUAUUUCCUCCAUGUCAGUUUUUCCUCAGGGAUUAAAAAUGUUGCUUGAAAAUGAAGCAAUUAAAAAGGCAGGCGUCGGAAUUGAAGGCGAUCAGUGGAAACUGCUGCGCGACUUCGACAUCAAACUGAAGGGGUUGGUGGAACUAACAGAUGUUGCCAAUGAAAAGCUAAAAUCUACGGAGUCCUGGAGCCUCAAUGGUUUGGUUAAACACCUCUUUGGUAAACAGCUUCGGAAAGACCAUUCUGUCCGCUGCAGCAACUGGAAAAACUAUCCUCUCACUGAGGACCAGAAACUGUAUGCAGCUACGGAUGCUUAUGCCGGUCUCAUCAUUUAUCAAAAAUUAGAAAUGUUGAAUGAUCCUGUGCAAUUGUUUUCAAUAAAUAAAGAGGAAGAAGUAACACCUAGCGCCGUGAGGACACAGUUGACAGCAAUGUCUGAGGAGAUGGUGGGUCUGGCUAAGCAUCUUCCUGACGCUGUCAGAAAACUGGAAAAUCCACAGAGGGUUUCUGUACUAUUGAAAGGUAUUUCAGAAAAUCUGCAUUCACUGAGGAAGGCAAUACUCGGUUCUGCUGAGACUGACCUGAGGCCCAGCAGUGAUUUUAACUCGCUGCCUUUGGAAGACCCAGCCGCUGGUGGAGUGCAACAAAAACAAAUUACAGAAAAUCAAGCUUUUCCUGAAGUUAAAGAGGAGAUAUGGGACCCAGCAUUUGAUAAUUUAUUUAUGCACGAUGGAGAAAAUAUGCUUGCAAAUGAAGUGAAACAAGAAGACGGCUUUGAAGAUGGACCGGAAGACAAUAUGUUGAAAGAGAAUGCAGAAGGAAUGUGUUUGAUGUCGUUAGAUAUUACAGAAUAUGAACUCCAAGUUUUGGAACGGCAGGCUCAAGAAAAACAUCUUAGUGAUGUUACCUGCAACUCUGAGGACAAUGAAGAAGAUACAUCUUAUGUAAUUGAAAGUGAUGAAGAUUUAGAAAUGGAGAUGCUUAAGUCUUUAGAAAACCUAAACAGGGGCACAGUCGAUCCAAUUUAUUCAAAAUGCACAGAAGUGGAAAGAAAUCUGGAUGUUUCUUUUAAAGAAGACGAAGAUGAAGAUGAGGAUGAAGCUAUUGAGGAGGAGGAAGAAGAUAAUGAAGACCCUUCGAUACCAGGACCGAAUGCAGAGCAAAUUAUUUGCCUCAAGUCUUACUUCGGCCAUUCCAGGUUCAAGCCGGUUCAGUGGAAAGUGAUUCAUUCUGUACUGGAGGAACGAAGAGAUAAUGUUGUUGUCAUGGCAACUGGCUAUGGGAAGAGUUUGUGCUUCCAGUACCCACCUGUUUACGUAGGUGGGGUUGGCAUCGUCAUCUCUCCUCUUAUUUCUCUGAUGGAGGACCAAGUGCUCCAGCUGGGAAUGUCCAACAUUUCAGCUUGUUUUCUGGGAUCAGCACAGUCAAAACGUAUUCUAAAGGAUGUAAAAUUAGGCAAAUACCGGAUCGUGUACUUAACUCCGGAAUUCUGUUCGGGUAACUUGUGCUUCCUCCAGGAACUUGAGGCUAUGGUGGGAAUCACACUGAUUGCUGUGGACGAGGCUCACUGUAUUUCCGAGUGGGGACAUGACUUUAGAAAUUCGUUCAGGGCUUUGGGCUCCUUGAAGGCAGCAUUCCCGUCGGUUCCAAUAGUUGCCCUCACUGCUACUGCAAGUUCCUCCAUCCGGGAAGACAUUGUACAUUGCUUAAACUUGAAGAAUCCUCAGAUUACCUGCACUAGUUUUGAUAGACCAAACUUGUAUUUAGAAGUUGGACGAAAAACAGGAUACAUUCUUCAGGAUCUGAAGCAGUUUCUUGUCCAAACAACAAGUUCUGCCUGGGAAUUUGAAGGUCCAACUAUCAUCUAUUGUCCUUCCAGAAAAAUGACAGAACAAGUUACAGCCGAACUUAGGAAACUGAAUUUAGCCUGUGGAGCAUACCAUGCAGGCAUGGACCUUAGCUCAAGGAAAGAGGUUCAUCAUAGCUUCAUGAGAGAUGAAAUUCAGUGUGUCGUAGCUACCGUUGCCUUCGGAAUGGGCAUCAAUAAAGCCGACGUCCGCAGGAUCAUUCACUACGGUGCUCCCAAGGAAAUGGAGUCGUAUUACCAGGAGAUGGGCAGAGCUGGCCGGGACGGGCUUCCCAGCUCUUGCCACGUCCUCUGGGCUCCAGCAGACAUGAACCUAAAUAGGCAGCGCCUUAAUGAGAUACAAAAAGAAACGUUUCGAUUAUACAAAUUAAAGAUGGUGGCAAAGAUGGAAAAAUAUCUUCGUUCCAGCAGAUGUAGGCGACAAAUCAUCUUGUCUCAUUUUGAAGACAAACAACUACGAAAGGCCUCCGUGGGUAUUAUGGGAACUGAAAAAUGCUGUGAUAAUUGCAAGUUCAGAUUGGAUCAUUGCUUAUCCAUUGAUGAGUCAGAUGAUGUGUCACAGGACUUGGGGCCACAAGCAUUCCAGCUGUUAUCUGCCAUCAGUGUCUUAGGAGAAAUGUUUGGAAUUGGGGUUCCAAUUUUAUUUCUCCGAGGAUCUACUUCGCAGCGUCUUCCGGAUCAUUACCGCACUCACAGAAUGUUCGGCUCUGGCAAGGAUCGGACGGUGAGUUGGUGGAAGGCUCUGUCCCAUCAGCUCACGGCCGAGGGGUUCCUGGCGGAAGUUCCUGGGCGCAGCAAGUUCAUAAAGACCUGCACCCUGACAAAGAAGGGUAGAAACUGGCUUCAUAAGGCCAGCACGGAAUCUCCUCGGAGACUUAUCCUGCAGGCUAAUGAAGAAUUGUGUCCAAGGACGUUUCCUCCACCCAGUUCCGGCGCUGCGUCUUCAGGCACCGGACAGCGUUUCUCCAGUCAAGUACAGACUGAAUUAGCUGCAGAGAAGAAGUCUCACUUGGAGAAGAUGCAUUCCUACAAAGCAUUUGAUAAAAUUUCUUCUGGAAGUAACAUUCCUACAAAAAGCAUCUUGGUACAGUCACCAGGGAAAUCUUACAAGUCUUCAGAACCUGUUAUUUCAGCUGAGGAGCAGGAGACUCAGACUGUGCUAUAUGGCAAAUUGAUAGAAGCUAGGCAGAAAUAUGCCCAUAAAUUGAACAUUCCUCCCGCUAUUCUGGCAACAAAUAAGAUACUGGCAGAUAUGGCCAAAAUGAGACCGACGACAGAUGGAAACGUGAAAAGGAUCGAGGGUGUUUCUGAAGGCAAAGCCACAAUGCUGGCUCCUCUGUUGGAAGUCAUCAAACGUUUCUGUCAGAUAAAGAGUGUUCAGACAGACCUCUUUUCAAGUACAAAACCUCCAGAGGAGCCGAAGAAAAAUCCGGUGGCAAAAAGCCCAGAGUGCUCGCUUUCGCCGUCCGCUGCCAUCACUUACUCCUUGUUCCAGGACAGGCAGAUGCCCUUGAAGAGUGUGGCUGAGAACAGGAUUCUGCCUCUCGCAGCAGUUGGCAUACACCUGUCCCAGGCGGUGAAAGCUGGCUACCCCGUCGAUGUGCAGCGAGCGGGCCUGACUCCAGAGGUUCAGAAGAUUAUUACUGAUGUCAUUCGAAACCCCCCCAUCAACUCAGAGUUGAGCAAAAUUAAACUAAUUAGAAUGUUUGUUCCUGAAAACAUCGACACGUACCUUAUCCAUAUGGCAAUUGAGAUCCUGGGAAAUGAUUGUGACAACAGACUGUUACACCAGCCUGCGUGUGAUUCCAACAAAAAGAGAUGUUUUCCCAACUCCGAAGAGAGCUGUUCAAGUUCUAAGAGAAGCAAGGAGGAGGCAGGCCCUGGUGGCAAGGUGUUAAUUGAUAAGACUCACAGAAGUUCACUGACUUCUUGGAAUCAGCCACCCAGUGAUCCAAAAACAGAAGACCUCUUUACAGAUUCACAUUUACAGACGCCAUCGGAAACUUCUCAGAGAAGACUGCCCGCGUGGUUUGCCAAAGGAAGCGUGACCCUGUCCGACACGAGCAAGAAGUCCGUGGCCAAAACCAAAAACAAGGGUCUCUUCGGCUAGAGUGGCAGCCGCCAGAAGGAUGAUGUUCGUCUUGCUGGACUGAGGCAGAGGUGCUGUAUUUCGUUCCUGGAAAGCCUGGGGGAUGACGUUUCCGUUUAAACAUUGUUCUGAUCUCCAAGUAAAACUCACCUGUCGGUCAAUCAGCCGGCAUCUCACCGCGGCCGUGUGCGCGUUCACUUCGACCUGCGUCGUGCGAGCGAGUGCCCCGGGGGGCUCGGAGCGGGUCUCCUUGAGGGUUGCUCCGAGAAACGGCCAUCGCGGCGCUUUGUAGUCUCUUGCAGGCGUGAGUCUGGGGAGUGCCACGUGCGGUGGUGAUGGGGUGCAGGCAGCGGAUCAGUCGCCGUGUGCUGAUGUGUGUGUGGUGCAGGACGCUCCUGUGUCACCCCGAGUCCGUGUCGCACGGGAAGAAACACAGAGGUUUCACAGCCGUCUCUGCCGUCUUCGGACCGUGCUCGUCUCCACACUGUUAGAUGCUGUCCGUGCCCCGGCUCAGGAGGGCGGAACAUUGGGCUUCCAUGUAAAUAGGGGAAGAGAAUAUAGCAAAGGAGACCAAUUUGCACAAGAAAAUUGUAUUUUCUACACGAUUUCUAUUGUUUUUUAAAAUAAUCAAUUUGAAAAAUGUCCAUCAUACUGAAUGUUAUAAAGAUUAUAUAUAUAUUAAUCUGUUUUAAGCUUUCAUUUAUUUAAUUGCCCUAUUUUUUGAGGAUGUCAGAAUUUGAUUCUAAAAUCUACUUAUGUAGCACAUAUAACUGAAAUAUCUAAAACCCGUACUGGUGAUACUAAUUUGGGUAAACCAUAGUAAUAUAGCUUUAAGCAGUUGACCCUGUGGCCUUACUUGAAUUUUGUAAAUAAAAAUAACUGUCAUUAAUACAUAAGAAACACAUGAUUGUUGUAGAAUUAGAAAAUCCAGAGAAGUGAAAAAAGAAAAGAAAAAUCACCAGUAGUCCCACCAGCUUUAUGACAUUCACCAUAACUUUUUAUGCACUUUUUCUAAGUUUGUUACAUGAAAAAUGCAUGAAAGAAUUUUCUUUGUAAAACAUUCAAGUUAUACUCAAAACGUGAAAGUGCCCGUACUCCUAUUUUCUCGCAUCCCAAUACCUGCCCUAAACCAGAAGGUGCCUUCUAUUGUAUGUGUGCCAUGUAGUUCUUCAGUCAUUUGUUCUGCAUUUACAGGCCUUUGCAUGGGGAGCUAUACACAUUCUUACCUUUUUAGACACAAAUGAGAUCAUGCUAUAUGCAAUUUUCUGCACCAGAUUUUUUACUUAAUACGCUGUGAAGCCCUUUCCAUUCAGUGUCUGUUGGUCUCAUUGUUCUUUACAGCUACAGGCUUAUAUCCUAUAAUUUGUAUAAUCACUUUUCUAUUGGUCGUUUCUGCUUUGUCAUUUUUCUAUAGUAGAUUGUUUUUAGAAGUAAAAUUAGAGAGUGAAACAUAAACAUGUUGUUUGUUAUAUUUCAUUUGUAUAUAUGCUGGACAUUUUUGUCAUUAAACAGUCUUCCACAGAAUCUUGUUUUGUGGCUUUAUGCAGUACAGUGACCCUCUAAGUGUGGUCUGCUGGCCAUCAGGAGUCCCUGCAACCCUUUCAGGGGGCCACCAAGAUGUUAUCUGCCUUCUGUAUUAUGUCGAUGUUUGAAACGAGGGUGCAAAGGGCAGUGAGUAAAACCACUGGCGCUUUAGUGCAGAGCAAAGCAGUGGCACUAAAUUACUGUUUUUAUUACUUCUCAGUCCUUUCCAGUAUUCUGCGUGAUGCAGUGCGAGUUUGCAUAAAGCUCUUCUGCUGCCAGAGUAUGAGGGUCUUCUCCAGGAAAAGCCCUGCUUUGACUGAUUGAGUUGUGAGCUGAAUUGGUUGCUUUUCCCCCCACGAAACACUGUUUUUACUGAAGACAAUGGCUGAUGGGGAACUCUGACUGGUCAUUCAGACUUGGGCGUUUGGCGGACAUUUCCUUUCCAAACGGAACAAAAUCAGCCUCUCACUUCAAGGAAAACUGAUUAUUUGUUGCCAUUGAUAAAAUUUGAGAUUUCUAGCAAAAUUUAUAAUUUUGAAAAACUUAUGUCUGCUACCAAGAGUUUGACAGCUUCCCAUAACACAGACUUUCCUAAUGAGGUGGUAAGGUGAAUUUUUUAUUGUUACAUUAUAUGAUGAUUCUUGUCAACAUGCAGAAGCUGUGCAUGACCCAGUGAACCUGUACUUUCCGAGGGAUUGACAUAGGGUCUUACAAAGUCAUGCGUGGUAAAAGAUUCAUUCAAAGUGCACGAUGGACCAGAGGACCACAACAAAGCAGAGUAUGAAAAAAGUCGUUUCGGGUUGUACACUGCAGCCAAUCUAUAAGAAACUAACGCUUGUCCAGUCGGAUGUAGUUUCAAAGAAGAAUACCUACAAUUAUCUGGAAAGGUUAGUUACUGAAAUCUCUUUCCUGUUUUAACUGCGCGCCUGUGUGAGGUCAGUCCUUGUUCGUGCGCUUAGCCCGAACGGCACAUGGAAGCCACGUGGAAGCAGACUGGACGCAGAAGCGGACCUGCGGGUCCGGCCUCUCUGUUGAACCCAGGCCGUCACUGUUCUCGCUUGGUGGUGGGGCGGGGUGCAGAGAAGUAUAUUGGCGUUACAUGUAAUGGAUUUACUACUGCUAUUUUUAAGCAAAUUAAUAAAUAUUUUAAACUUUU